GAGACACUUUGCAUCAGCAGCACCAUGCUCCAGUGCUCUGGGAGACUUUAUAGUCCUGACACUUGAACACUGGAUGACUGACAGUUGUCCUCCAUGACAACAGAAGACAGAAAUCCUCCUCAUCAAAAACAUGACUUUCAUCUUCAUCUGGACUCUCCUCUGCUGCUGCUUCACAGAGUCCAGAGGUCAGAUCACAGUGACUCAACCUGGAUCAGUGAGUUCUGCUCUGGGAGGCUCUGUCACCAUCAGAUGUACAGUCAAUCCAAAGGUUCAUGUAGGUACUUCUAGCGGGAAGCACUAUCUGCACUGGUAUCAACAGAGAGAUGGAGGAGUUCCGAAACUGCUCAUUUCCAGGGCAGAUGAACGAAAAUCUGGGAUUCCAGAUCGUUUUUCAGGCAGCGGAUCAAACACAGACUUCACUCUGAGCAUCAGUGGAGUUCAGGCUGAAGAUACACAACAUCAACAGUCAGUGGAUGUUCACACAGUGAAAAACCGUCGUACAAAAACCUCCCUCAGUUCAUCAUCAGAAAUCAUCCUGACUCAGUCUCCUGGAUCUCAGUCUGUUGUUUCAGGACAGAGACUGCUGCUGCUGCUGCUGCUGCUGCCGUCCACCUUCCAGGACAGACUCCAGUCUGAGGGGAAGCCCUUGUUGGCCAGACACAUGAGCGUGGCCUUCCCCUGCUGCAGCUCCUCUGUGGAGGGGGGCAGCACCGUCAGGGAGGGACGGACAUCACCCACUGCAGAGAGAGAACACAUUUUAGACAAACUGGGAGUUUGGAUCAAACUUCUCUUCAGAGUUUCACUUCUCUCUCAGAUCAGUAACCAUGGCAACAGACAGGCAUCACUGAUGAACCACGACAACAGACAGGUUUCAUCCAUGACAACAGAAGACACAGAAAUCCUCCUCAUCAAAAACAUGACUUUCAUCUUCAUCUGGACUCUCCUCUGCUGCUGCUUCACAGAGUCCAGAGGUCAGGCCACAGUGACUCAGCCUGGAUCAGUGAGUUCUGCUCUGGGAGGCUCCGUUAAAAUCAGAUGUCAGACCAGUCACAGGGUAGAUGAUGGAGAAGGACAAUUCUGGUACCAACAGAAAGAUGGAGAACCUCCCAAACUGCUUAUCAACUAUGGUAAUCGUAAAGUUUCUGGGAUUUCAGAUCGAUUUUCUGGCAGCGGAUCAAACACAGACUUCACUUUGACCAUCAGUGGAGUUCAGGCUGAAGAUGCUGCAGUUUAUUAUUGUAUGGGUGAAUUCGACAUCAACAGUCAGUAUUCAUUCACACAGUGAGAAACCGUCAUACAAAAA